CAACGGCCUCGUUUGCCUCGCUUCCUACGAGAAAAAGAAUUUCAUCCUCUUUAACCCUCUGACACAGAGAAGCCUCCGAUUCCCAUUCUCCCAAACAUUAUGUAACUCAAACAUAGAUCUCAAGUCUGGUUUGCCGUUUGGAUUUGGGUUUGAUUCCAAGAAGAAUGAUUUCAAGGUGGUACAUAUGUGUUACAGUACUGGCCGCCGCUUCAAUGUUCCUCCUAAGGUAGGGUUGUAUUCCCUCAACGAAGGUGCUUGGAGGGAUAUUAAUACUCCAUUCGACCAAGAUUUAUUUAAUUAUGCGGAUUGUUAUUUUCGGCAAUUACUUUUCCAGGACAGUGUGCGUUGGCUUGCCUACCAGAUUAGUGGUGACGUUUGGCAACCACAACCACCAACACAUUACCACAUAGUGAUGUUCAAUGUUGUGAGGAGAAGUUCAGCAAGAUGGAGCUUCCAGAAGUUUUGGCUAGGUCCUCCAGGGUGUUGGGUAUUACUGUUAUCGAUGGUUGCCUCUCGCUUAUACAGUACCCUGCAGAAGGACUGCCUAAAGAUGCUACUAAUAUAUGGAUGAAGAGAGAGGAGUCAUGGAGCAAACUUUACAGUCUUUCUCCAUUUGAGGGAAAUAUUAGACGGCUAUCGGGACAGAGCAUGAACUCUGAAGUUUUAGUGAUUCCAAGUUGCAGUAUUUUUGGAGAAAUAAUGUCAUUGCAUUCGUAUGAUCUCAAGAGCCAAGAGAUGACAGAACUUGGGUUCAAAAGAAUGGCCAUGGCUUUAUGUGCUUCUGACUUCACAUGCAGCUUGGUUUUGCUUGACAAAGGAAGCUAUGCUGAUGUGUGGGUCUCAUCAGACGAAGGAGGAUCAUCAGAGGAAGGAGAAUCAUCAGAUGAAGGAGAAUUAAGGCGGAAGCUGAAAAGGCAGAAAUCGAUAGAUUACGAAACGCAGUUAGUCAUCAGGCGAAGCCAACUUAAAGCGGAAGCUGAAAAGUCAGGAAUUGAUAGAUGAUUAUUACCAAUCAUCAGGCGAAGCCAAAU